GCGUCUCCCCGGGGCCGGGCACCGCCGCGGGGACGGGAGCAGCUUGUGCCGCCGCCGCCGCGCUCCCCGGCCCGGCGCUGGGGCAGCGGCAGCGCCCGCCGAGCCGCGCCAUGAGGUUUCCUAUGCCUGAUCUGUAAACAUGUCCACAGACCUGCUAUGGUGUGAGGAUUGCGGUAAAAGCCUUGUAGGAGAAUGCAAACUUCAUGGACCACUCAUCAGGGCUAAAGACAGGGUUAUUCCUAGCCGAGCCCGUCUCACCCUACCUCACUACCUUACUUUGCGAGUGUUGGAACUGCGAGCUGGAAACCAGCAGAUCCUUGGAGUAUUUGCGAAGAAAGUAAUACAGAAGAGAACACAGUUUGGUCCUUACGUUGGUCAACUAUCUACAAAAUUGACCUGCUAUGAUGAGAGUAGGCUAGUUCUGCAGGUAUUGAAAGAUGGAGGGAAGUACUUUCUGGACACUCCCAAUGAAGACUGUGGAAACUGGAUGAUGUUUGUCCGGCUAGCCCGGAACCAAGAAGAACAGACCCUUGUGGCUUAUCAGCACUGUGGAGAAGUCUACUUUACAACUGUUAAGCCAAUUGAGCCCCACACGGAAUUGAAAGUAUGGUACGCUGCCGAUUAUGCCAAAUUUAUGGAAACUUCUGCAGUCUUCAUUAAAGAAGAAUCUGAUGUCAGUCCUUUGCCUGUAGUAGCAAAAGAGCCUGUAGACCCUUGGAUAUGCUCCAGCUGUAGAAGUACUUUUGCAACUUUUGCUCUGCUGGAAUCUCACCAGUGCAUCAAUAAAGACCGAGUCCUUACCACCAGGCUCAGACCACCAAAUAAAUUAGGAUCCUUAAAAGCAAAAAACAAAUUCAAAGGGAAACUGAGAGGAUCGGCAUUAGGCAAAAGCAUUGCUCAGUGCUAUGGGACCAUUUCCUGUUCCUCUGCUGCGAAGCUUAGCUGUGCCAGCUCAGGAAACACUUGUGAUGCUCUUGUGAGGUUUAUACCUAAAUGGAGAAAUGGCCGGUCUUCACUGUUGAAGGGAAGAGAAGUGAAGCAGACAGACAGUUACCCUUGCCGACUCUGUGGGAAGAUAUUUGAUUCCAUUGAAAAGCUCACAGUCCACACUUACGUGCACAAAGCGGAGCGCCCCUACAAGUGUUCACAGCACGGAUGCACAAAAGCCUUCAUUUCCAAAUAUAAACUGCUCAGGCACUCAGCCACUCAUUCUCCACAGAAAUCUCACCAGUGUGGCUACUGUGAAAAGACAUUUCAUAGGAAAGACCAUCUAAAGAAUCACCUUCAGACUCAUGACCCAAACAAGAUGGCCUUCAAGUGUGAAGAGUGUGGCAAGAAGUACAACACCAAGCUAGGUUAUAAGAGACACUUGGCUCUUCAUUCAGCCACCAGUGGAGACCUUACCUGUAGGGUAUGUGCUCAGGAGUUUGGUGGCACUGAAGUUUUGUUGGAACACCUCAAAAGUCAUGCAGGGAAACCAACUGGCAAUACCAAGGAAAAGAAACAUAAGUGUGACCAUUGUGAGCGUCACUUCUAUACCCGUAAAGAUGUGCGGCGUCACAUGGUGGUUCACACAGGUUGCAAAGACUUUCUAUGCCAGUUUUGUGCCCAGAGGUUUGGGCGGAAGGACCACUUGACUCGCCAUACAAGGAAGACUCAUCCACAAGAACUGCUCAAGAGCAGGUUGCAGAAUGGUGACUCGGUAGGUCUCCUUGACCAGCUUUUUCCAUUCAGACUGAAGGAAGAUGCCAGCAUAUUGUCCCCUUUUCCUGAAAGGGUCUCGGUGCAGAAUGGAAUUUUGAAUAAUUCAGAACCAAAGGAAUACAACUGUUCACAUCUUCAUCCCCAGCCAAGCUUACAAACUGCUCUUCCUAUUGAAUCUUCUCCUCUUUUGCAAAGAAUGGGCUGUACAGAUAGCCUUGCAGCUCUCCCUCCCACACCGUGCUCAACAGCCAUCCCUGCCAACCUGAACCUUCAUCAGUCUAAUAAAUAUGACCUUAGCUCUACCUCAUUUGCAGCAGGCUCCCUCAAGAAUCUUCCUAUCAAAGUGGAUGUUAAAGGUUACAACGUCCAUCUUCUAGAGGACCUGCCAUUACCAGAACCUCAAUCUCUCCACAAAAUUAGUCUGGAAGAAGCUUCCUCAGGGCCUGUAGGUGAUACUAACAAAUACCCAGUGCACAAGGAGACAGAGACAGCAGCUGAAACUACCAGCAUGCCUUUCAUGGAUCUCACUCAUGUGAUGAGUUUCUGGCAACUCCCACAAGGUGACAACCAGAGCACUACUGGGGAUAUCACAAUGGCAUUUGGUCCAGAGGAAUCAUCACAGAGGCUGAACGGCCUCAGCCAACAGCAAGGUCUACAGCUAGCAACUGGUGGCAUGGCCAUAAACCAGCUGCAUCAUCUUCCUCGCUCUUUUCCAUCCACUACAAAUUCUGUAACGUUGCCUCAUUUUCAUCAUGCCUUCAAAUAACUAUGCUUGCUUUUUUUUUCUUUUUUUUUUUUUUUAUAAAGAAAAGACUGUGCUUCUUACUUAAAUCUGUUAGGAAGGGUAUUUUUUGUUUUUCUUCUUCUGUGUUUCAAGAAAAACUGCCCCAAUUUUUUUUUUUUUUUUUUUUUUUUAAAGCAUGUUAUGGACAUGGUAGUUCAAUUCAGAAUGUUAAUAAACAAGAAGCUCUAUUUUUCAUACUAUUAUUAAUUUUUAGCAUAUGACAAUAGUAGGACUAACAUACUUCCCUCAGUACCCUCGAUAUUCUUGUUUCUUACCUUUUAAACAAACAGCUUAAUGUCUUCAACAACAGCAAAACCUUGUAAUAGGCACAAUGAAACUAUGACUGCCACAUUAGGAGAAAUAGGGUUAGGGUAAAUGGGAAGAAGGGGGAAAAGAACAGAAGAAUAAUUUUAAUGAGCCAUAAAUCACAGGAAAUGUAUACGCAUGGCAAACUUAAGAUCAAUAAUUUAUCGGUGUGAUAUAGAUUUCUUCUAAGCAUUUACUUAAUUACCAAAUGUUAUGGAAUCAUUUUGAUUUAAAGAUUCAAGAAUAAAUCUUAUCUUCUAGUUCCACUCUUUUAAAACAAAGAAAAUCACUGUUGUGAUUACACCUAAGUAGACUUCUUUAUUUUCUUCUGAAGUGCACUUCGACUAUGUGCAUCUCCUGCAUUUUUCCAAGGGCUGGAAAUAACUACCACUGCUGCAUGGCUACACCAAAACAGAUGUCUUGUAUAGGUGUAGUUUUCAGAAUGGGAAGUGAAUUGUCUCAAAGAUUGGAGAUUGCCCAGGGGAGCCUCCAGCCAAGGUCUGCCUUCAAUGAGGCUGUGGUAGGUCCCCAUGCAGAAGAGCUUGUGGUGGUUACCUCAGGAUGGGCCUCUUCAAAACAAUGGGUUGUGAACCUGCCUCAAAAUGGCAUAGGAAAUCAGCAAGUAGGGCAAUGGUUAGAUGAUCUUCAUCCUGUUUUUGCUGAGUGGUAUUUUGGUAUUUUCACCCAAAUCAGAAUCACGGCUCAUGUUUGCUUCCUAUAGUAAAUUGCUGUAUGUUUCCAGCUGAUAUAGGUAUUACAGCCCUGUCCCCUGACCAACUAGCAGAAAUUGCAAAAAAUCCCAUCUCCCAGUAGAUAACAUUUAAACAAACAACUUCAGAAUUUACUUGCUGCCUUGCAUAACCCAUACUUAAAAAACAGAACACCAUUUUAGCAUAUGAUGCCAUUACUAGUGGGUUCUAUUACAGCUGAAACAGAUGCAGAAUUUCUGAAUCAGAAUAUGCAAUCUCUUCUACUAAAUUCACUUGAAUUAAUAGUACCUAAUAAUAAUUACAGAUACACCAUGAAGCAAGCUUGUUCUCUUCUCCUUUGGUAAUCACAGGACUAUUUCCAGGCAACUUCAAAUAAAAAAACCAAUAUUUGUGAAUCACUGAUUGCUGUUUUGCUGUUAAUGAACUAUAAUUGUGUGAAUAUUUUUUCAAGUUUAUCAUUAUUUGGAUUAAGGGAUGGUGGGAUUAUUGUGCUUUGUGCAGGAAUAUGUUCUUCAGAUACACUGGAGAAGUUUUCUUAUUUUUAAAAAUCUUAGCAUAGGGCAAAACAAAAUAAAUGUUAAGAUCAUCAUAACAGGGAUAGCAGUAGGAAGAGUAGGUUCAUGCCCAGUUAGCAGUUGUUCAAAUUACAGUUGAGUGAAAAGGUUGUAAACAGUGUUACACGCACAUUUUACAACUCAUAAUUCUGUUCAGACUUGGAAAGGUAUGUGUCUGUUUACUGCAUUGUUUUCCUUAUUCGUGCAAAUUGUAUUCACGUGGCUUCAUUCAAGUUUAUGUACUUGAGAAAAGAAAAAAAACAACCCCCAAACAACACAUUCUUGUACAUGCCUGAUCACAUAUACUAGUAGACACUUCAGAUUGUGCUUUUCUAGGAGGUUUAAUAAGUUAUGAAAUAUUUGUCUUUGCAUUAAAAUAAGACGUUAAGAAGGAAACACUGCAAUGUUGCAUAACACCCACCACUCUGAGCUGCUCGCUGCAAUGGGAGCAGAGCUCUGGGCUGCCUAGAGACACGCUCUGGUUGCAGUCUCUUAUGAAAUGUAUCUCACUGAGAUACGUUAGUGAGAGAUGUUGAUCAUACUGAACUGCAAGUUAAAAGCCAAGUCUCAGUCACGUAAAAAGACACAGAAUGGCUUGGGUUGGAAGGGGCCUCAAAGAUCAUCUACUUCCAACUGCUCUGCCAUGGGCAGGGCUGCCACCCCUUAAAUUGGGGUAGAUCAGGCUGCCAGGAGAGAACAACCAUUUUUGCAUUAAAACUCGUAAGAGGCACACUGCAACAUCUACAAGGAAAACAAAGCUCACUGUAGUGGCACCUGCAAGUAAAACACAGAAGUAUACCUUAAAUAGGUGCUGCUCCUGCUUUAACUCUUCAGUCUAUUCAAAAUGGCUUUUCUAGAUUCUUGAUAUCAUAAAUAUAGAUGGAGCUCAGCAGCAGUCCAUAUAUAGUAUGUGGUAGAAGUAUCCUAGUACAAUGCAAAUGAAAAGAAAGAACUAUUUUUUGCCUGCAGAUUAGCUGUCACCACUCCAUUGCAAGAUCUUAUUUAUGAAUUAUAAAAUGUUAAGUCUGCAUUAGCACGUGGCUUCUAUUCUGACAUGAAAAUGCACAAAUCAAACAUAUCUGUGCUUAAUUCUGCACAGCUCUGGGUACAUAUAACAUGCUAUUCAUACACCUCUAAACCUGGAUAACCAUCACCAUCACUGUCAUCUUGUGUGGAGCACGCAGCGCUGCAGGCAAACACAUGGGUGUGCUCAUGCUGAGCUCAGCAAAGCUGUGUGGCUGAAGCCUACAGAAUGCAGCCAUACGCUCCAGCUCACAAGCAAGGCACAGAGCAGAUAGCAUCUUGGUCUUAUUUCUCUCCUUAAAAACCACCACAUUCUGUGCACAGUUUGGAAGAAAAGGUUUGAGACAAAAAGCCCUGUAGAGCUCUGAUAGAGCAGGGAGAUACCAUCGCCCAGGUCAGGCACUGAUCCUCUGUGAUAGCUCAGGGUAUUUUACCUCAUGUUACAUGAGACACGAAAACAGUCUGUCUAUCCAUCUGAACUCCGCUUGGACACGUUUGCAGCUAAACAGAAUUCCUGUAAUCAAGAAAGUCUGUGAAAUUGAGAAACUUAAUGAACAUCUGCUCUCAUAGAGAAAAAGCACUCGUUUGAAAAUGAGAAGAUGGAAGCCACGUGAACCUGCUGAAGUAACAUUGAAGAGUAAGCAUUAGAGUUGGUGGAACAAAAGAAUCUUCAACCUAUGUGUACACACAACUGUUCCUAGUGUUCAUUUCCCAGCCCACACUGGGGAACACAUUCAUUACUUUUUAACUUUAUUUCUAAGUUGGUCCUGCUCCAACUCUAUGUUUUCUUAACCAGUGGGUUUUUACAGACAGUCCCAAAUGGGACAGCAAGUUUCAUAUAUUGAUGAUUGGGUGAUUACAUUACACAGGAAAGCAUCCAGGUGGGUCUGGAACAUCUCCAGAGGAGGAGACUCCACAGUCUCUGCGGACAGCCUGUUGCUGUGCUCUGUCACCUUCACAGGAAAGAAGUCCUUUCUGAUUGAAUGGACCACAACCUUCCAGAUGAUGUUUUAAUUAGAUUUUGGCAACUGGUACGGAUGAUCUCACAGCUUUAAAAAGGACAGCCUAAAAGCUUUGUGGCCAAGAGAAAAAUAAAGGAGGACAGUGAAAUUCCAUUAUUAUUAUUAUUUUUAAUUGGAGAUGGUACCCACUGUAUUAUUAUCACUGCAUCACAACAGACUGAGCACUGCAGGACUUGGGGUAGAAGAGGUGCUGGAGGAUCACACUGUUAAGGCUCAGUGCUUCUGCAGAACACCUUAAUGUGUCCCUGGCAGGCAGCCACUCUAUCUUCUGGUCUGUGUCUGCUGU